UAUACCCUACUAACGUACACAUAACCGGAUUCCAAGCAAUUAUCAAAUCCAGUUCAAUCAUAUUUCAUAAUUCCACUCUCCCGCCCCUUCAUCCGCCUCUUCAAAACAUUUCAAACCCCUUUAAAAACCCUACCUCAAACCCCCUUACUUCCCCCCCAAAUACUCACACAGCUUAUCUACACACAAACACGCACUAUUACACACACAUACAUACAUACAUACAGAAAGCUGCAUUCCCGUUCAGCUUCUAACAAUGGCGAUUAAGAGGAAAUCCAGAUCGGUGAAGACGGAUCCGGCGGCGAUGGAAGAGGAUUCCCGGUCAAAUAAGCGCAUAUCGUCCGCUGCGGUGGAAUCUGACGGUGAUUUUGAGGGGGAGGACCAAGUUGAGAGUGCGGCGGCUCCUGUGGUGGAUCAGACCGUUGAGAAGGUGAAAAGUCCGGUUCAGGAAGUUAAACCGGAUGAUGAAGAGGAAGAGGAGGAUGAUGAGGGAGAUGCUGAGUUUUUGGGUGAACCGGUGCCGGCAGACGAAGCAAGGAAGAGGUGGCCCCAUCGCUACCAGAAAAUUAAUAUGGAAGUUGUGCAAGCUAGAUGCCACUUUCUCAAAGCGGAGGUUGAUGGGCAGAUUUAUUUUCUCGAAGAUGAUGCCUAUGUUAUGGGUGAACCGGGAAAACCCAAUUACAUUGGCAAGAUUAUCGAGAUUUUUGAAGCAUUAGAUGGCUCGAAAAAUUUCACAGCUCAGUGGUUUUACAGGGGUGGUGACACUGUUCUCCAAGCUUGUGGUAACCUUAUAGAUACCAAGUGCGUAUUCUUUUCAGAUAUUAAGGAUGACAACCCACUUAGUUGUCUUGUAAAGAAACUUAAAAUUGAAAUCUUACCAUUAAAGGCUGACAUUGAUGUGAAGGAAGCCCUCAAAUCAACAUGUGAAUAUUAUUGUGAUAAGAAGUAUUUGCUUCCUUUUUCUUCUUUUGUAAGCUUGCCUUCAGAUACAUCCACAAGUAGUGAUGAAUCCGGCUCUACUAUCUCUAGUGAUACUGAUGGAGAAGUGCCUGAACUCAACAAUGAGAGGACCCUACUUGACUUGUACUCUGGAUGCGGUGCAAUGUCCACUGGGCUCUGCCUUGGUGCUAACAGUUGUGGUGUGAAGCUUGUUACUAAAUGGGCCGUGGAUAUUAAUGAAUAUGCUUGUGAAAGUUUGAGAUUAAAUCAUCCAGAAACACAGGUGCGAAAUGAAUCCGCGGAUGAUUUUCUCCAUCUACUUAAGGAAUGGGAGAAGCUUUCAUCUCGUGAAUAUGGAGUGUUGAAUGACACUGAAGAUGAUGAUGAUGAUGAUGAUGAUGAUGAUGAUGAAGAUGAAGAGGACGAAGCAGGUGCAGAAGACUCUGAAGUUUUUGAGGUUGAUGAGAUACUGGCAGUUUGUUAUGGUGACCCGAAUAAAACUGGAAAUCCCAAACUUCACUUCAAGAUACGUUGGUUAGGCUAUGGUCCAGAUUACGACACUUGGGAACCAUUGGAAGGCCUAAGUGGCUGUCCUGAAAAGCUGAAAGAAUAUGUUGCAAAAGGCAACCAAUCCAAGAUGUUGCCAUUACCCGGUACUGUUGAUGUCUUAUGUGGGGGCCCUCCCUGCCAAGGGAUUAGUGGCUUUAAUAGGUUUAGGAAUACAAAGAAUCCUCUCGCAGACCAAAAAAAUGAACAAUUAUCUAUUUUCAUGGAUAUUGUGGCCUUCUUGAGGCCAAAAUUUGUGCUGAUGGAAAAUGUCGUGGACAUUGUGAGGUUUGCGGGGGGGUUUCUUGGUAGAUACGCACUAGGCAGACUUCUCUCGAUGGACUAUCAAGCAAGGAUGGGUAUGAUGGCAGCUGGUGCUUAUGGACUGCCUCAGUUUCGAAUGCGAAUGUUCAUGUGGGGUGCGCUUCCCACAGAGAGACUGCCCCAGUACCCGUUGCCUACACAUAAUGUUGUGGCCAGAGGAAAUGCCCCCACCGAGUUUGAAGGGAAUGUUGUUGGAUUUGAAGCAAGUCGUGAAGUCAAACUGGCAAAGGAACUUUUUCUGGAAGAUGCAAUAUCCGACCUCCCUCCUGUUGAUAAUGAUGAGAGCCGUGAUGAAAGGCCUUAUGAUCUGCAGCCACAAUCUGAAUUCCAGCGCUUCAUUCGGCUACGAAGGGAUGAAAUGCCUGGCAGCUUAUUGUUCAAUUUGGAAGUGGUAAAACACGAUUUGUAUGAUCAUCGCCCCCUGCAGCUAAAUCAGGAUGAUUACGAACGUGUUUGUCGAAUACCUAAAAAGAAGGGUGCAAACUUUAGGGACCUGCCAGGUGUCAGAGUUCGUGCUGAUAACAAAGUUGAGUGGGAUCCUGAUGUAGAAAGGGAAAAGGUGACUUCAGGGAAGCCUCUGGUUCCUGAUUAUGCUAUGACGUUUGUUAGAGGAACUUCAUCGAAGCCAUUUGGGCGAUUGUGGUGGGAUCAAACUGUGCCCACUGUUGUUACCCGUGCAGAGCCUCAUAACCAGGCAAUUUUGCAUCCGCUUCAAGAUAGAGUUCUUACAAUCCGUGAGAAUGCUCGACUGCAAGGCUUUCCUGAUUACUACAAACUUCUCGGACCAAUAAAAGAAAGAUACAUACAAGUAGGAAAUGCAGUGGCUGUGCCCGUAGCACGAGCAUUAGGAUUUUCUUUAGCUUUGGCAUUGAGAGGGUUAUCGGGAAAUGAGCCAUUACUCACACUGCCUGAGGAUUAUCCGUUGAUGAGGGAUGUUCCUGUGCCUAAUAUCGUAACGCUCUGAUUAACGAUUGCUAGUUGUUUGCAAUGUUUUGAUACUGUUUAUCUAUUUGUAGUGAUAUUUAUUUAAAACAAUCAGGAAUUCUUUUCCUGUUCGAUGUAACGUCUAUCAUGCAACAAACAAAUAUUCACUUGAGCAAAAGCGCAGUGCUUUUGUAUUUAUGACUGUAUAAUUCGCCCGUUUCUAUGUUUUGAAUUUUUAUUCUUCGGUUGUAUUUGCUGAAGUUUUUUUUUGUAUUUAUCCUCAUUGUAAAUUUGCUCAAUUGGUUUUGAAAACAAUCUAUUGUGUGUUGAUUCAUGAUUGUGAAUGGAGCUG